AUGUUGGGCGACCUUUCGGCGCAGGUUGAGAAGCUGAAAGCGCAGCUUCGGCUGUUGCGCUUCCCGAUUAAGGAUUUCAUGGAGCAGGGGGUCCUUACCGGAAAGCCCAUUGCGCUGCUUCCGAUUUUGCACUUCGUCUUUUUUAGCUUCAGCAAACCCUUCGCGGGAUUCGUGCGCGAGCGUGGCUACGAACUAUACGCGAAGUCGGAUCUGAGGUUUAUUGAGGAAUGCUACCAGGUUUUGCGUAAGGAGCUCCACUACAGACCCACACUGAGUACGGCGCAAUUCUUUCAAAACGGGUUCGUGGAGCGCAAGGUAAGUAUACUUUUUCUUUCAAAGACGAAGGACAUGAAGCUACUAGUACUAUCUAGAGGGUUCGAUGAUCACCAUCAUCGGGAGACCUACUGACUGUGCACCUUUCCUCCUGUUGCCUGAUCGCGACCUGUGCCAGGACGUUGUGGAAAUGGUUUCAUCGGUUGUAGUGCCUGUUUCAGACGUGCUGUCCACUGACCUAGAAUGAAAAUUGCCGUCAACGUAGGUGAUGCUGCUACAGGACGUGAUUCGUGUGGUUCGUCGAUGGCAUAACGAGCAGGUCGGCCAAGCACGAGACGCGCUGAGCGGCAGCACCCUGUCGGUGCGCACGGCGAUGACCACACCGAAAAUGAACCGCACCGGCCCGCUUAUGGUACAGAGCCAAGCCGCCGCCGCGUCGCGCCCGCCAAUUGGCGCCUCUCUCUCCACCGGAGCGACGUCCAGCAGCGCAGCCCAGCAGGGCGCCAGUCUGGCGGAGGUCAUGUUGCGCCGGGGUUCGGACUCGUCCGACCACGCGUCCAGGCAAAUGCGGGUUUUGACCGCCGACGGAGACAUGAUGAUGUCCGGCACGACACAGGAACAAGAGGAUGGGAUCAUCGCAUCCACCGGCAAUUAUGGGCCGAUAGUUGUGACCGCCGUGAGCCCUGCGAAGUCCGCGAAUGAGGUGUUUCGGGACUUCUGCGCCGUCGAAGCCAUGACGGAGCAGUCGCCGUUGCUGACGGAAAAAUCUGCGUCCGAUCCGCUCGCCGGCGUGCACAUCCAGGCAAAGCCGGCGGUAAGCAACUCGAUGGAGCUCGAUUUCACGCUGCCCCCUCCGCAACCGAUGACGCUGGCGCACGAAGAACCGACGCCGACGCACUACAACGACGUCGUGACCACGGCCGCACACGUUGUUCACAUGGGCGGGAACAGCAGCAGCAGCAGAAAUCACGGAUCUUCAGGCUCUACUGCUGGUCGUGCCAGCAAUCCGUGGGGCCGGGAAACAAAUCACAAUUAUCUUCAAGAACAACGGGAGCAGGAGUUUGUUGAAGAAGAAGAACACCUCGUGCACACAACGCGCGACCCUUACGUCUUUGGAAACAACGCGGUAGCAGCUUACACAAUGAGCAGCUCGUCUUCGUCCGCCGCGCAUGCACGACAAGUACCCGUUUCCGCCAUGGCGUCUGGCGCCGCGGGGGUGGGGCUGCAGGACUACGUGAUGCACAAAUUUGAGGAGAUGGCGAAAACCCUUGAGGCGCUCUCCGCCCGAGUGACGGUUCUGGAAAUGGAGCGGAAAUUAGAUCAGUCACGUCAACUCGCUAUAGGCAAUCACCACACCAGCGGAGCAGCUGCACCGGCACCGAGUAGCUCGUCUGGUGUUCUUGUCGCACAUAACAACCUUCCGCCAAGGUCUCCUGCUCAACAUGCAGUUCCGACUUUUGUCAAGGACCGGUCCAUGACGAAUCCCGCCGUAAUAAGCGCCAACACCAUUCGCGAUUUGCCGCAUAUUGGGGCGGGUCAAGAAGUUCUUACUGAUGCCCGCGCAGGACGCGAUUUCCUGACGCAGACCGCGCCGCCCGUCGCGUCUUUCCAGGAAGACCCCCCUUUUUCUACCACGAUCCGGACCACCACCAACCCGUCAACAUCCUCGAGCACGACACGCGCAAGCGUAUUCACGAAGAAGCACAACUUUUUAGCUCCGGCUCAGGAGGGCAGUAAAACGAUCGUGACGCCGCCGCCUGGCGUUGAGAGUAAGUCGACUGCCGCGAGCGGAAGUCCAGCCGAGCAAGACUUCUUGGUUCAUGCGAGGUACGACAACACUUCUUCGUUCAACCCUCCAGUGCGCGAAAGUGCUGCGAGUGCCAGCGAAAGAGGAGGUGAAUAUAAUCUGGGCGCAGCCAGAAUAAAUGGGGACUCUUCAUCAUCGGAAUACAACUUCGGAAACAUGGCGUCGAGUAGAAGUCGCUCCACGACACUGACGAGCCAGCAUCAGGUCGCGGUGCACACGCCAACGUCGACAACACAAGUGGUGGUCGGCGGCGUUGCCAUUCCCUCGGCAGAGGAGACCCAGAAGCUCAUCGCAAAUUUGACAGCGAAAUUCAAGGACACACAGGAAUUGCUGGAAAAAGCAAAAGCUCGAACGCGCGAAAGCAGCAGCGCAUCCAAGCACGCGACUGGCGCGGGAUCAUCUCGGUAG